GCACCACGGGCUGCCACCAUGCCCGACUCGCCGGCCGACGUCAAGACGCAGCCCAGGUCCACGCCGCCCAACAUGCCGCCGCCGCCGCCCGCCGUCACGCAGGGAGCCACGCGUCACCCCUCCUUCACACCCAGCACCAAUCGAGACGCUGUCCCUCCGACGUUUCUUCCUCGCGGCCGUUUUCAUGGUUGCUUGAAAUGGUCGAUGGUCUGUCUCUUGAUGAACGGCAGCAGCCACUCGCCCACCGCCAUCAAUGGGGCUCCGUCCACCCCCAAUGGGUUCAGCAAUGGCCCGGCCACCUCCUCCAGCGCCUCGCUGUCCACCCACCAGCUCCCACCAGCCUGUGGAGCCCGGCAGCUCAGCAAACUCAAGCGGUUCCUCACCACCCUGCAGCAGUUUGGCAAUGACAUCUCGCCUGAGAUUGGGGAGCGGGUGCGCACCCUCGUCCUGGGGCUCGUGAACUCCACGCUGACCAUCGAGGAGUUUCACGCCAAGCUGCAGGAGGCCACCAACUUCCCACUGCGGCCCUUUGUCAUCCCCUUCCUGAAGGCCAAUCUGCCCCUGCUGCAGCGUGAGCUGCUGCACUGUGCCCGCAUGGCCAAGCAGAGCCCGGCGCAGUACCUGGCGCAGCACGAGCAGCUGCUGCUGGAUGCCAACGCCUCCUCACCCAUCGACUCCUCCGAGCUGCUCCUGGAGGUCAGCGAGAGUGGCAAGAGGAGGACACCAGACAGGACCAAAGAGAACGGUUUGGACCGCGACCCCCUGCACCCCGAGCACCUCAGCAAGCGGCCGUGCACCAUGAGCCCGGCGCAGCGCUACAGCCCCAGCAACGGGCUGAGCCACCCCCCCAACGGGCUGCCCCCCCCCCCCGGCCCCCCGCCCCAGCACUACCGCCUGGAGGACAUGGCCAUGGCGCACCACUAUCGCGACACCUACCGCCACGCCGACCCCCGCGAGCGCCCACGGCCCGCUGUGCACGGGGCGCGCCAGGAGGAGGUGAUCGACCACCGGCUCACCGACAGGGAGUGGGCAGAGGAGUGGAAGCACCUCAACAACCUGCUAAACUGCAUCAUGGACAUGGUGGAGAAGACGCGGCGGUCGCUGACGGUGCUGCGGCGGUGCCAGGAGGCCGACCGUGAGGAGCUCAACCACUGGAUCCGCCGCUACAGCGACGCCGAGGACAUGAAGAAAGGCAGCCCCCCCUCCGCCCGGCCCCACAACAGCUCCUCCAGCUCCGAGGCACCCCAGUUAGAUGCGCACCGGGAUUUUGCACCACGGCCGCUCUCAGGGUACAUGCCUGAGGAGAUCUGGAGGAAGGCUGAAGAAGCCGUGAAUGAGGUGAAGCGGCAGGCCAUGUCCGAGCUGCAGAAAGCUGUGUCGGAUGCUGAGCGCAAAGCCCACGAGCUGAUCACCACUGAGCGCGCCAAGAUGGAGCGGGCACUGGCUGAGGCCAAGCGGCAGGCAUCCGAGGAUGCCCUCACAGUCAUCAACCAGCAGGAGGACUCCAGUGAGAGCUGCUGGAACUGCGGGCGCAAAGCGAGCGAAACCUGCAGCGGCUGCAACACCGCCCGCUACUGCGGCUCCUUCUGCCAGCACAAGGAUUGGGAGAAGCACCACCACGUCUGCGGGCAGACACUGCAAGGGCUGCCGGCCCCCUCCGUCCCCACAGGCGUGGGGCAGCCCGAGGCGGUGCCCCCCAUGGCCAGCAGCCCCAGCGAUGCCGGCUCAGCAGGCGCAUCUCGUGCCGGCACGCCGGGGACCCCGGCGCCACUGGAGAGCGCAUCGCGCUGAGCGCGGACUGACGCCCAUGGCAGCUCUCUGCUCCCACACUGGGUGACCUCCGAACCGACCUCGAGCUCUCAGAUAAUCCUCACGGAUCCUCAAACUGGGCUUUACGUGGAGUUAAGGCAACUACCCAUCGUUCUCUGUUCUCUCUUCGGUCUUUGUUUUUUGGCCUUUUUUUUGGUUGCUUUUUUUUUUUUUUCCCCGUCCUUUGGGCUGUUCCUUGCUACCCGGUGGCUUUUGGCAUUUUUUUCUAUCCAUUUUUCUUUUUUUUUUUCCCUCGUUUCUGGAUGAGGAGCUCACUCACAGGAAGAGGAAGAAGAUUUGUUUCUUCAUCUUCAUCUCUUUUUUUUUUUUUCUUUUUUGUAAAAAAAAAUAAAGAAAAUAAAAACAAACACGUCGGACUCUUUGGCUUUAAGUAAGAAAUUGUAAAAAAAAAUAAAAAAAUAAAAAUAAAAAAAAAGGAAAAUCCCAAAAAGCAGACACCGCCGAGCCCAAUGGAAGCUCACCUGUAACUACCUUGCUAGCUAGCCAAGAACAGACCAGACCCACCUCUGCUCCAAAGGAAAUCCAAAAACCAGACAGAUCCAAACGUCUCUCCACUGCCAAAGUUCGUUUCGUUCCAUUGCUGCCCGCUCCGACGCUGCCCCGUCCUCACAGCUCCGCUCACGGAAGGACAGACGGAUGCACCGCGGGUUGGAAGAGUUUCUAUUACCAUAAAGCAAAAAAAAAAAAGAAUUUUUUUUUUUUUUUAAAAAA